UAAUUAAAAACCGAUCUCUCAUGCUCCCGUUUUCUGAUAUGUCGCGUGGGAGAUCUAACGAAACCCGCUUUGGGGUCACAUGUGAGUGAACUUAAGUUAUGAAUUUUUAAUGAUAUGCAAAUGAGUUGACGACCUAUCAGUAAGCCAAUCAAAAAAGUUUUCCUUUAGCGUGUUUGGAUUGAAUGGGAAAAUGGCGGACGAUAUACUGGAUUCGAUGAUUACAGAAGUUUGUGCAUUAUUUGGAGUAGAAAUGUUAAAGUUUGAGCAAAGAGAAAUAGUGUCAUCACUUUUAGCGAGAAGAGACUGUAUGGCUGAAUUACCAACGGGAUUUGGAAAGUCACUCCCGUACCAGAUUUACCUUCCUUUGAUACGGAGAUUGAAAGCUGAGCCUGAACCAACUGAAGUGUUCACUCCUGAAACUGUCAAUUAUUUAGAGAAGCUUGACGUAGAAGAGAAAAUAAUUGUCUGUUGUCCACUUGUAUCACUUAUGAACGACCAAGUAAAGCGUCUAGAAACUGUACCUGGAUUGAAGUCCGCCUUUAAAGGCAACUCUGAAGAAGGUGAUCAACAGAUAAGAAACGGAUCAAUUGACGUCAUAUUUGCAUCUCCUGAGACACUGGUUGGCGAUCCUUAUUGGAGGUCACAACUCCAACAACUUCCAGUAGGGUUGAUAGUUCUAGAUGAAUUUCAUACCAUAACAACAUGGGGAGGUGAUGAAGAGACAGAUGAGCAGGAAGCAUUUAGGAAGUGGUUCAGAUAUAUAGGAGAGAUGAGGGCCAUGUUUCCGAAUGCUACUGCAUUAGCAUUAAGCGCUACUUGUACCAACAAGAUUAAGAAGCAGGUCAUGAAAAUCCUGAACUUUAAAACAGACACUACUAUGUUUCUGAAUGUGUCUCCAAACAAGAGCAAUAUUAAGCUUGUUGUUAAAAAGAUUGAAAAUUCUGUUGACACUGCCAUGUUUUGGCUUAUAGACUCUCUUGAACGUUUAGGAAAGGAUUUUCCAAAAACAUUGAUAUAUGCCAACAGCAUCAACGAAGUUUCCAAAUUAUAUACAUACACUACAACUGAGGUGCCAAGGUGUAAGUCUCUGGUAGAAAUGUUUCAUUCUGAAACAUCUGACAAAAAUAAAAAGAAAAUAAUAGAGGCUAUGUGUCAAAUAUCUAGUGAUAUCAGAAUUGUAUUUGCAACCACUGCAUUAGGAAUGGGUAUUGAUGUUGUAGCUUGUCAUAGCAUCAUACUUUACGGGUCACCCCGAAGUAUUCUAGAUUUAGUUCAGGAAAUAGGAAGAGUGGGACGGGACAAUUCCAACUCUGUUGCAAUAUUAAUGCACAACUCCUAUCAUUUAAGAAGUGUCAACAAGGAAGUGAAGACAGUCUUCACAACAAAUACAUGCAGAAGACAAGUUCUGAUGAGUAAUUUCUUGCAAGAUACUGAGUUGGAAGAACUUGCUAAAAAAGAAUGUAACAAACACACUUGUUGCGAUAAUUGUGCCAAAAACUGUUCCUGUGGGGAUUGUGAAAUUCUUCAAAUUGAAUCUUUGAUUGAAAAUGUUGAAACUGUGCCACAUGACAGUGAUAGUGACACAAUUGAGUAUGAAUACAAUGCUGCAGCUGAUGAUGGAGUUGAAUUGUUUAGUUCUGAUGAUGAUUUUUUGGCAGAAUUAGAUGAAAAUGUUUGAAAACAAAUGUAAUAAAAAUGUGUAACUACUAUUUUUUCUUGUGUUGUGUCAAGGUUAACUGGGAUUGCGUUUUUAAAUGUGAUGGAAAUUGUUUAAUGUUUACUAUUUAUAUAUAUCUUAUCAGCAUUUGAAAUGAAAUUUAGCAUCAGGAAAGCUUUGAAAUGAAAGUGCAUUCCCAACUGGCUGCUACACUUUUUAGUCAUUUAGAGUUCAUUAUUAAACUUUUCAUAUGUAUAGUGAUCAUAUUAACAGAAAGCAAUCAAACUUGGAAAAUAUAUUUUUAUUGACCUGAUUAUUUUUUAUAUUCAUGUACAUAAUUUUCAGUGAACAGAAUAGUUGUAAGUUGUACAGAGUGUGACAGACUUCAAUUGAUCUCCGUUUUGUGGUCCAUUGGUUUUGUGUUCGGCUUGUCUCUCAGAAACAAUUUACAUGUGCAUUACAAUCACACCACAUCCCUUUUUUAUACAACUCUUUUUCAUGGUUACUGCAAACAUAUAUUUGACAUUUGUUCAUUAAAUUUAUCUGUAACUUAAAAUCCAGUAUAUAUAUAUUUGCACAGUGACAGCUUUAUAACUUUUUGAGAAUGUAAUUGAUCUUUAAUAUAUUUGGCCCAUUUAGUGAUUCAUAAGCCUAUGGAGGCUGGCUGAUAUUUGUAUUGUAAAUUUUACAACUGUUAUAUAUGUAUAUAAUCAAGUUGCACUAUAUUAAACAUGUAUAAUAAACAAAUAUAUAUA